AUGUCAGAGUCAGACAUACCAAAGGAAGCCCAAGGAACAGUCUUGGAUCCUUUCACCUGGUACGACACCACAGAUUUCAACGUCACAUACACAGCAGCAACCAUAGGCGGGCUCUCCAUAAUGGGACUCAACGACACCUGGGACGACUCGACAAAAGCAAACGACAAUGUGCCUGCCCUCAAUGAAUCUUGGGAAUACGGUAAGAUGCCCAUCAGAGGCGUCAAUGUUGGCGGCUGGCUCAGCAUCGAACCAGUCAUUACACCAUCCCUCUUCUCUGAUUUCAAAACCAGCGAUGGAGUCAUUGACGAAUGGACAUUGUGCAGCAAAUUAGGAUCAAGCAGAGCUCAAUCAACACUGGAAAAACACUAUGCUACCUUCAUCACCGAAGCAGAUUUUGUGGGUAUCCAAGCAGCUGGAUUUGAUCACGUACGCAUGCCGUUUUCUUACUGGGCGGUAACAACCUACGACAACGAUCCCUAUGUAGCCAAAAUAUCCUGGCGCUACUUACUCAGAGCAAUCGAAUGGGCUCGCAAAUACGGAUUACGCAUCAAUCUCGACUUGCACGGCGCCCCAGGUUCUCAAAAUGGAUGGAACCACAGCGGACACCAAGGCGCCAUAAAUUGGUUGAAUGGCACCGAUGGCACACUCAAUGGCCAACGCACCCUAGACAUCCACUCCCAACUCUCCACUUUCUUCGCCCAACCCCGUUAUAAGAAUAUCAUCACUAUCUACGGCCUUGUCAACGAGCCCAAAAUGACAUAUCUAGACGUCGACACCGUGCUCACCUGGACAAAAUCCGCCAUCCAAAAAAUCCGCGCCAACAACCUCACCUCCAUAAUAACCUUUGGAGACGGCUUCCGCGGCCUCGACAACUGGCAAGGCGAGUUACAAGACUUUGACAACUUGCUGUUAGACGUACACCAAUACGUCAUCUUCAACAACCAACAAAUCGCUCUAGACCACAGCGACAAAGUUUCUUUUGCUUGUGGGGGCUGGACAAACCAGACCCUUCGCAGCAGCAACAAAGCCACUGGGUUUGGUGCCACAUUAUGUGGCGAAUGGUCGCAAGCAGACACAGAUUGUGCCACCUACCUCAACAAUGUGGGCGUAGGGUCUCGCUGGGAAGGCACUUUGAACAUGGUUUCCACUCCGGGCGGCUCGCUCUCUGGCAGUGUUCUCUCACCCACCUGUCCAACCUCCAAUUCCCCACGCUGCUCUUGCUCAAACGCAAACGCUGCUGCCUCGUCCUACUCAGACGGCUACAAGCAGUUUCUUCUUGACUUUGCAGAAGCGCAAAUGUUUAGUUUUGAGCAGGGGUGGGGUUGGUUUUACUGGACGUGGAAGACGGAGACGGCCACGCAGUGGAGCUAUAAAGAUGGAUUGGCUGCGGGCGUUUUGCCGCAAAAGACUUGGGAGAGGACGUUCAAGUGCGGGAGUGUUCCUGAUUACGGAGCUAUGGGGUUGCCGGAAAAUUAUUAG